CCAUUUUGCACCCCGGGGCACGCUAGAGGUGAAAGAUCGCUAGCAUGGGCAACACCAAGUCGGUCAAGCUCAACGGCCGCGGGUACGAGGUCUGCGGGAAGCUCGGCAGCGGCGGCUUCUCCGAGGUCUACCUUGUCGAGGGCCAUCGCCAUGGCAGGAAGCAGCGCUACGCGCUCAAGGUCAUGGCGUGCGUCGAGGACGACCAGCUGCAGCGCGCGCUGCUCGAGAUCCAGCUGCAUCGGCGCCUCGCCCACCCGAAUGUGCUCCCACUCCUCGAGUCGGAGAUCCGCAUGAAGCGCCAUGGCCAGCGGUCCGAUGUCGAGAACGCGCUGGGGCGGACGAAGGAGGUGCUUCUGCUCUUCCCCGUCCUUGCCCGCGGGUCGAUCCAAGACGUCUUGAACGACGCCGCCACGCAGAAGGCGCCUGCGUUCACGCAAGACGAGUGCGUUCGCCUCUUUGAAGGGAUCGUCCGUGGUGUCCUGGAGAUCCACCAGCUCGGACUCGCCCAUCGGGACCUCAAGCCCGCCAACAUCCUCCUCGACGAUGCCAAUACGCCAGUGGUCAUGGACCUCGGGUCUGUCGCGCCCUUGACGACGCGCGUGACGUCGCAGCACGAUGCGCUCGCGAUGGUCGAGACGGCCGCGCAGUUUUCCAGCGGCGCCUUUCGCGCACCCGAGCUCUACGACGACUGCUUUCGAGGCGACCUCACGGCGGCCACGGACGUCUGGAGCCUCGGGUGCGUCUUGUAUGCCAUGGCGUACGGGCCCUUUGGCCCGUUCGAGUCGGCGACCGAAGGCAUCAAGGUCCUCGCGAUCCGCAACGGCAGUCUUCGGUUCCCACCGUCGCCUACGUACUCGCCAGGCUUCAACCUGCUCCUUCAAGACAUGCUCCAAGUGUCCCCGGACGCGCGGCCGACGCUCGACCAUAUUCUAACGCGCCUCGGCAAGCUCAACGCGUCCAGUCCGCCAACGUCGUCCUCGACGCAGGCCUCGACGCUCUCGACGUCCUCCAGUCGCCAAGUCACGUCCAGUGCAGCGGACUGGGCCGACUUUGCACACUUCUCGGCGCCCGUGCGACCAACACCGCCGCUGCUGCACUUUGCGAGCGCCGACGCAGCGGCCAAGUCGCCACGAAAAGCGUCACGUCGGUCGAUCUCGGACCGCGAUCAGCUCGCACGUCACGGCCGCGCGAUGCUCCAGCACGCGCUGGCGCCGUAGUCAAAGGUUCCUGUAGCUAUACGGAUGUAUCCAGCGCCUGAGUGACGACCUUCGGAACCUUGUAUUGGGUACUACUAGUAUGAGGUAUCGACUAGCACGCGGCAAACGAGAUGACAAUACACGCCGACGCAUCGUGCAUGUCGGGGUAGAAGCGCCGAA